AUGGAUAGUAAGACGAAUGCUAGCAUACAACUUCGCCAACGAGCUAUCGAGGCAGGCAUUGCAUUUGUGUCAUCCAACGAUAGCAUAGUCAUGGUUCCCAUUGCAUCAGAGCCCUAUGUGAUGAGUCGUAGUGCAUGUGAUGAAAUCAUGGCUAAGACCGAACUCCUGGGGCGAUUCAUAGCUGAUGCGGCCUUGGAUAGUGCCCUUGUUGAAGAAGUGGCCAAUAAAUGUCUCUCAGACAAGGUGUGUAAAGUACUCUGGAGAAUAGUAUCAGAAAAGAAGACCGUUCUUGGACAAGACUACGCUGCUGUCUUGCGAGCUUCUACUGCAAUCCUCCAGCGCACUGACUUUUAUAUGGUAAAUCGGAGCCCCAGACUGAUCGAGAUGAACACAGUAUCUGUUGGGCUGCUGAGCAUGAGUGCACGGCUUGCAGACAUACAAGCUUCCUGUGGUCAUUCAGGGAUCGCGCAGAGUAACCUUGCAUCGCUGUAUUCAUCUCUUGCGCGCAUUGCUGUUGAGGGUGAUACCACACCGUCUGUUUGGUUGAUGGUGGUCUCUGAAGAAGAACCCCUGCUUAAUGACCAGCUUGCAAUCUCUCAGGGGUAUAACUCUUAUUGCAAAGCACACGGAAUCCCAUCGACAAUGGUUCAAAGCACCUGUGCAGAGCUGGCAGGGGCCGUGCAUGCCCAAGAAGGAAGACUCGUCUACUUGCACAAAGGAACAUGCCUGCGAAUUGCUGGCGCUUACUGGCGCACAGGCUAUGCACGCGAGCACUGCACCCCAAACUAUGAACGAUUGCGGAUCCUGCUGGAGACACACUCCCUGGUUUCCAUUCCUACCGCUGAGGCCCAGCUUGUCGGUAUGAAGGUCGUUCAGAACAUGCUGCCUACUCUGACAGCCACCAGCAAGUAUGCAUACCUAAGUGGAAUUACGUCUACUCUCUCCAAAAUAUUGGACUCUCCGCAAGCGAUCUCCGCCUGGCUUGCCUCUUCGCCAGAUACCAGCACGAUGGUUCUGAAGUCCAUUGCAGAGGGCGGCGGGAACUGCGUCUUUGGAGACGACAUACCAGCAGCCUGGGAUGCCUUGCUCCGCACCGACUCUGCGGCAGCCUCGACACACUUCCUCAUGGAGCGCCUUGUCCCCGACAGCCAGGACGCAGUUCAGUUCAUUUACUCCAGUGAGAUUGUGAACGUUGCAAGAGCUGACGCAGAGACAGGUGUCUAUAGCUUCUGUCAGCCAUCUGAGGUGGGCACCGCACCAAUCCGUCACCUCGGAUUCCUCGUCCGCAUGAAAAGGGCUGGCACAGGAGAGGGUGGGAUCUUGUGCGGCCAGGGGGUGCUCGCUUGCCUAAAAGUUCAGUAG